GUCUGAACCAGUUUAUUAGAGUGUGUCUCUUUAAGGGUCUGAACCAGUUUAUUAGAGUCUGUCUCUUUAAGGGUUUGAACGCAAUGACGCCAGAGUAAAGAUGGCGCUCCGCAGCUUCACGGAGAUUUGUGGCUUCGAGAGGGAAACUUUUCUCCGCUUCAGAGAGAUCAACCUCAGCCUCCCGGGUGUGAGCGCUCUCCCUGGAGGAGUGAAGUUUCCGGACAGUGCCGGAGCGUUCCAUUAUGAGGAGAGCGGGAAGCUGCUCUCUGUCACCAGCAACAGAUUCAUCCACUGGAGCACGUCAGGGGACAGUGUGCAGCUGGUGGAGACGUCUCUGGACACCAACCUGCUGAACAAUGCUGUCAGACUCAAACUGUGUCACUGCUCCGUGCUGCCGGGUGGGGUCACCAUCAUCGAGACGCUCAACAACGUCAUCAUCCUGCUGUCCACCAAUCAGAGCGUCCACAGGCUGCUGCUGCCACACCCUGCACGCAUGUACCGCAGCGAGCUGGUGACGGAGCUCCACAUGCAGUCCAUCUUCACAGAUGUGGGGAAGCUGAGUUUGCAGGACUCCUCUCACAGUGCUCUCAUCCCGGGGGGGGCGGGCGGGUCCAGCUGCUCCACCGGCUGGCUCAGUGAGUCCGGAGAAGCUCACUACGCCCUGGCUUCACCUGCAGGGGGCAUCAUGGUGCUGACGCUGCGUCCUCACGACUCUCCAGGUGAGGUGUGUGUGGUGGAGCUGAAGAGGAGCUCGAUGAUGCAGCGGUUGUCAGGCUGGAUGCCGUCAGCCAUGCGGGGGGAACAGGGUGGCGGGGGCGCCCUGAGCCUUGCGGUCCGAGAGCUGGAGGGCGACUGUUUCCUGUUCGCUCUGUGUCAGGACCUCAGGCUGCGUCUGUGGAGCUUCAGGGACCAGGCCUGUGUGCUGGAGGCGGACAUGUUGGAGUACAUGCCAUCCUGCAGGGGGGCGAGGCGUCUGUCUGGGCACGGACAUCGUCUGCGGCUGGUCCUCUGCUCCACUGGCCUCUGCCUCGGAGUUUACCUGGCAGUACCUGGCCGAGGACAGUUCACCGUGCUGCAACUCAUCUCCACUGACAGCAACCGCUACAGCCUGGACCACGUGUCCUCGCUCUUCACCCCACAGGAAACGCUGGUGGACUUCACUCUGACCCCCACAGACAUCUGGGCUGUGUGGGUGGACGAUUCAAACGCCACUGUGGUCAAAUACAUCAACUUUGAACACAACACUGCAGGUCAGUGGAACCAGGUGUUUGUUCAGCCUGCACCUGAAGAUGAAGUCCACAUCGGAGUGGACCAGGACCCCAGAGAGACGUACCUGGAGGUCCUCUUCUCCCCGUUACGCUUCACAGCUUCAGCCAUACUCAAAGCUCUACAGAUCUUCCGCAGAGGCUCGGACAGAGACAGGACCUCAGAUGUGUCCUGGGAGAGUCUGAAGAAGGAGGUGACGGUGGCGGUGGAGAGUGAGCUGCAGAGCAGUGUGACGGAGUUCGAGUUCUCUCAGGAGGAGUACCGACAGCUGCAGGUGGAGUUCUGGUCCAAGUUCUACGCCUGCUGCCUGCAGUACCAGGAGGCUCUGUCCCUGCCUCUGGGCCUCAGCGUCAGCCCCAGCACCGGCAUGGCCUGCCUGCUGAAGAAGGGUUUCGUGUCGUUCCUCCUGCCAUGUUUUGCUGUGGAUCACCUUUACCUGUCCUACGAAGAGUACCUGUCAUCAGAAGAGGAGACGGCCAUCGCCGAAGACCCGGAGCUGGGCCGGGACGUGCUGCAGCUGGUCCAGUGUCUGCGGCUCGUCAGUGAUGCAGUUUCUGCAGAGAUGGCAUACGAGAUGGAGAAAGCUCUGGAACACCUUCAGUCACCGGAGAGGGCAGCAGACCUCGUGCUGGAGAACCUGCUGUCCAACGACAGUGAUACCGUGAUGGAGGAUAUCCAGAACAAACUGCAGGACGUCAGGAACCCCGCGGCAGCCAUGACUGUUCUUCUGAGGGAGCUGGACCUGGAGACGGACUCUGAGGGCUCAGCGCCCCUGCUCUCCGUCUCACAGGAUACAGCAAGCCAGCCUCUGGGUGUGAGGAUCAGCCUGUCUCAGCUGUACAGCAGCAGCUCAGCAGUGUCACUCAUCUGUCAGGCCGUCUGUCACAUGACCAUGACCCGAGAGCUGUUCUGCAGAGACCUGCUGAUCCUGCAGAAACUUUACCUGCGCCUCGGAGACAAUGUGUUCCUGGGGGGAGGGGCUCAGUUGCUGCAGCUGCAGCAGGAUCUGAUCCCUCGGAGCUCAAACCUCCUCUCCUCCUAUCACCUCCUCAAACACAUCAGCCAGAGCCUGGCAUCCUCUGUGGCGCUGGACCUAAUAGAAGCCAACCUGCAGCACCUCACCGUGUUGGAGCUGUCUGACUCGCCGAGCCUCAGCAGCGCAUCAGUGCUGAGCCCUCAGACGGUGGUGGAGCUCUUCUAUCAGACGGUGGGCAGGAAGAUGAUCGUCUCUCAGAUUUACUCGCAGCAGCAGAGCAGCUCCUUGCUUGUCUGGAGUCACUUGAUCUCCAACGUGGUCGUUGUGCUCGCUCAGCUGCUUUGGCCCAGUAACCCUGGUUUUCAGUUCCCAGAGUGUCUGAUGGCCAACUGUCAGUACACACAGCUGCAGGAGUACGUCCGCCUGAUUGGUCCGUGGUGUCAGGUGAACAUCGGCUCGUGUCGCUUCGUGCUGGGUCAGUGUUACCUGGCCAAUGGAGAGGGGCAGAAGGCGCUGCAGUGCUUCCAAGAAGCAGCCACCGAGGUGGACAAGGAGGACUUCCUGUUGAGACUGACGGGUGGCGAGGAGGAGGACGCACCCCCCCGCCUACAGUACUUCAACAAGGUGCUGCGCCUCCUGGAGGACGUGGGUCUGCCGGAGCUAGUCAUCCAGCUGUCGUCUCUCGCCAUCACAGAGGCCGGCAACGACGCCAACAGCCAGGCGGCUCUGUGGACCCGGAUCUUCAAACAUCACCUGGACCUGGGACACAACAGUGAGGCGUACGAGGCGCUGACGCAGAACCCCGACAGCAGCAUGCAGCUGGAUUGCCUCCGGCAGCUCGUGGUAGUCCUGUGUGAACGCUCUCAGCUCCAGGACUUGGUCCAGUUCUCCUACGUCAACCUGCACGACGAGGUGGUGAGCAUCAUAGAGUCCCGUGCCAGAGGUCUGGACCUGCUCGCACAUAACUACUACGAGCUGCUGUACGCCUUCCACAUCAACAGGCACAACUACCGGAAAGCGGGCGCGGUCAUGUAUGAGUUGGGGAUGCGUGUGUGUAGGGAGAACAGGACUCCUGCAGGUCUGCAGCAGCAGGUUAACUGUUUCCUGUCGGCUCUCAACUGCUUGCGCCUCAUCAGGCCGGAGUACGCCUGGAUUGUACAGCCGGCGCCUGGAGCCACAUACGAGCGUGCGGGAGCGUCUCCGAAGAGAAACUCUGACGGGGAGUUCUCCUCUCAACCAGUGAAGCGUCAGGUGGACAUCCUGGAGCUCAGAGACCUGGAGAGAGAGUAUAUCCUGUCCAGCAGCCGACUGAGCCUGAGCCAGCUCCACCCGAGCCAGGCUGCCAUCGCAGGCGGGGCCUCGGCGGGGGAGAUGGUGUCUCUUCUGGUCCAGUCCGGUCUCUUCGACUCGGCGCUGUCAGUAUGCCAGGCGUUUGGUCUGAGCCUCAGUCCGGUUUUCGAGGGUCUAACCUUCAAGUGCAUUAAGCUGCAGAGUGGAGGGGAGGAGCCUCAGAGCGACGCCUGGAGCUGGUUGGCUGCCAAUCAGCUGUCAGCAGUUGUCAACACCAAGGAGUCCAGUGCUGCAGACGAGGCAUGGCGGCUGCUGUCCUCCUACCUGCUCAGGUAUCCAUGUUCUAAUGGACGACAUCAUCGCUGCGUCAUCAACAAGAUGCUGUUGCACGGAGUGCCGCUCCCUGACUGGCUCAUCAAGUCCUACAAGGAAGUGGACGCGGCGUCCCUUCUGCGUCUCUACCUGAACUUCGACCUGCUGGAGGCGGCAGGGGAUCUGGUGCUGGAGUAUGUGGAUGCUCUGCUUGGGAGAAACCAGUACUACGGGUUAGAGGGCCCCCUCUCUGCGACCUCCCCCUCUGUCUGGCUGCCUUACACCUCCAUCGAUCAGCUGCUGCAGACGCUCAAUGAGACGCAGACCAACAGCAGCAUGUAUAAUAGGGUUCGGGACAGAUUGGAGGACUACCACCGGCAGGUUGAACAAACAACCAGACGGAGACUCCUCGCCCGCUGAGGUCACUUGAUCGCGCCGGCCAAUCAGAGGCUCUCAUCUUUGUGUUUAUUUUUUUACAAAAAUUCUCUUUUGUACUCCGUCAGGCAAUAAAGUUUUCUCUGCUGCUCCGAGUCCUCUGUCAUCUUUCUUUUUCUCUGGCGGUGAAGGCCCAGUUCCAACCCGACGCCUCCCCUUUCGAACAAUGUCCACACACACUGUGCUUUGAUUACAAAAAUAAUAAUAAAAAGUCUAAAUCUGAA